CAGCCCAGAGGCUGCAGCAGGGGAAGCGAGGCAGUCCACGGCCGGCCGUCAGUGCUGCGCUGCUGGAGAAGCACUCAGCAAUGGCCGAGAGCUCAGCUGCAGCUGUGGCAGCGGCAGGGACAGCGGCACCAACCGUGUUAGAUGAGCUCCUGGAGAUCACAGCUCAGAGCCUGGUGCGCACCGAGGUGGCAGAGCACUAUGAGGUUAUUCGGGAGCUGGGCAGGGGCAAGUAUGGCCACGUGAUGCUAGUGACCCACAGGCAGAGAGGGACUCCUAUGGCUCUCAAGCUGCUACCCAAAGCCAGUACCAAGCUGCACACCUUCCUGUAUGAGUAUUGCGUGGCACUGUCCCUCGCCACCCACCCUGCCAUCAUCGGCAUGUUUGGAAUUGCCAUCGAGUCCAGCCAGUACUAUGGCUUCCUCUACGAACCAGCACUGCACAAAGACCUCAUCUCUAUCAUCAAGCCCCGGGACGGGAUCCCUGAGCCAGCCGCUAAGCAGUGUGCCAAGCAGCUCGUGAGCGCGCUGGAGUUCAUCCACAGCCGAGGGCUCGUGUACCGUGAUGUCAAGCCUGAGAACGUGCUGCUUUUCGAUCCCGAGUGUCGGCGCAUCAAGUUGACUGACUUCGGGCUUACGCGGCCCAAGGGUACCAAGCUCAAGCUGGUGGCUGGGGUAAUCCCCUACACAGCCCCCGAGCUAAGCAACACCGCUGAUGCCCAAGGAGUGCCCAUCGACACCAGCUUGGAUGCCUGGGCUUUCGGUGUGCUGCUUUUCUGCCUGCUGACUGGCUACUUCCCCUGGGAGCAGAGCCUGCCAGAUGACCCUUUCUUUGAGGACUUCAUGCUGUGGCAGGAGACGGGCCUGGAGGAGGACCUGCCCCGCCACUGGAAACGCCCGACGGCUGAGGCCCCCCCGAUUAGCCUGCUGGCCCUAGAUCCCUCCAAGCGUGGCCCUGUCAGCGGGGCGCUGCGCUACGUCGAUUGCCCUUGGCGGCUGGAGGACAGGUGCAGUGAGGAGGCUGUGGUGAAGCCCUAGAGCCCGCUCCCCAUGCAGGGAGGGAAGGCGGGUCUCACCCUGCAAAGGAUUCGGGGUCCAGGGCAACACGGUGGCCCAGGUGUGAGAGGCCAUGGUGACCCAGAGAGCAACUUCUCUGCAGCACUGUCCCUGCCACCACGGACCCAGGCUCCUUCCCCAGCUGAUGGUCCUCACCCCAUGGCUCAGUGCUGCCCAGUGCUACCUCCUUGUGUUUCCUUGGGGCUUGAAAACAUCUUCUUUCUCUUGGAAACGACUGUCCACAUGUGAAGCACCCACUUGCUUCCUGGCCACAGGGAAUCCAGGGCAUUUUCUAGGGGCUGCAGCACCUGCCUUGUCUCGAAAUAGAGCAAAAUACAUAAUUUUGUGUUUCCGUAUGUGGCUCUUUUCCCCUCAUAAUAAAAUGCCUGUGGGGGCCCGCUUGCUGUGGGAGAGUGGGGGCAUGACAGAGCCUGCAGCCAUCUCAGGACAACCUGCACAAGGCAGGGGCCACCCCUGGAUGAUGCUGCCUGGGCCUCCAUCAGGACCCUUGAAAGGUGGCUUCAGGCUGGUGGGGUGGAGGUGCUGGGGACCCCUCAGCAUGUGGCUGCGGAUGGUAGCUGGGGACUGAUGAUGGCGUUGAGAAGGUGGUGGAAGCCAUGGAGGUGGAGUGUUGGAGAAAGCCACAGGGAAUCGCACAUUGAACCUGCCCGCUGCCAUGCAUUUCUUCCCGUUUCCUUGUGUUCAGGACCAGGUGACAGAUGGGCUCUUCUGCACGGACGGUUGUUAGCAGCAGGAGUCUCAGUGUCAGUUUGCACAAGUGUCCCCCUCUAGUUCCUGUCACUCAGGAAAAUGGCCUUCUGCAAACACUGACAGCCCUGCUGAAGCACAAUUCAUCCCUCUCCCUCCUCGAGUGACUCAGGUGCAAGUGGAAAGGUGAGCUCACUGCCACGAAUGUCCACAUGUAUGAUUCAACUGAGAAGACAGUAGCACUGUGAGGGUGGUUGGCCUGGGCGUCACUGAGAAAGGCUAACAGAGUAGCUGUAACCACAGGUUGCAUGAGUUUAUCCAUAUGAAUAACCCCAGCAAAAUUCCCCUAGUGAUACCUCCCAGCAGUCUUACACCAUUGCCUUGCUCUCAUUCAUCCUCCUCCAGACUGACUGCUCCUUCCUCAUAGAGCCAGCCAUUCUCUGUACAAGCCUCCACUACCACUUCUUCCCUGCUCCUAUUCUCCUGAAUCCUUCAGUCUCAAGGAACCAUUUCCAAGACUAUCCAACACCAGCCCAAGCACACCUCCUCCCUUUUACUGCCUUCAGGUCCUAAGAGAAUGUCCUUCACGCUCUUUUAGAUGCCUGGUUACCCCUCUAGAAGACCUUUCUUCUCCCAUUUCCUAUCACCACUUUAACCCUUCCCCAGCAACCCACCUCUCCUAAUCCCCCAAUGUCCUUCUAGGUGCACAUUUUAAUCCUGGAAAGAGGUAGCAAGGAGAGAAUUAGAGGUUAGAAGCUCUUCUUACUUUGCUACCUCUUUCCAGUCUCCAGGAUUAUGCUGUUGGUAAUCCCUUCCAGCUCUUAGCCUGGUCCUAUUGCUGGAAACAUUCCCAGCUCAGUUUCCAUUCUCAGUGGCUUCGUAACUUCUAAAAAUGCACUGUUCCAGAACCAUACUUUCUAGCAUCCCAGCUUUUCUUUCACCUCAGAUCCUUUCCUGCACACACUCUCCUGUAUUUCCUCAACCUCCAGCUCUCUUUUUCCAGCUUCUUCUCACCCACUGGCAUUUUAUCAUUACUUACCUUUGCCGCUAACAAUUCCCUUUCUACUACCCAUCACCUGGUAAGCACCUUUCGCUCAUUCCUCUCUCAGCAACAUCACCUCCAUACUACUCUUUUGUACUUUUCCUGCUCCCUACAUCGCUUAUCCCUUGUGUCUUCCUUCCAACUCCCCAACCUACCUUAUCGACCAGCAUCGUGCUCACCCUGUUCAAGAUAGUUUUCUUCUGUCCUCUCCCAUCUCUUAGAAUCUUUCAUUAUCCAAAAACGUAAUAAAUGCUGCUCAACUUUGGCCUGCUGAGAUUUGGCUUUAAUUACUCUCUGGUUACUGUAGGAAUAGCAGAGGAGUGUAUUGUGGUUUAACCUCAGUCAGCAACUGAGCACCACACAGCCGCUGGCUCAC